UGGCCGCGACAACAAGAAAACUGAAGACAUAAACAGAUAUGAAAAAUUGAAAAUCCAUAAUGUUUAUGUUCCGAAACUGUGCUGUUCUGCUAGUGAUAGGCUCCAUAUGCUGCUUUAUAUACGGCCUGUUCCAUCUGCAGGUGGAGGUUGAGCCCAAUGCCUGCCGAAUGACCUACAUGUUUGGGGAGCCCAGGUUUGCGAAAGUUGAAGUCAAAGAUGGUGAUGACUAUCCAAAUUACGGCUUGUAUUACUAUUAUGAAGGCGUGCGACAGCCUCUGGAUCCGCUAAAACGGCGGAUGACUGGUGCUCCAGUGAUUUUCGUGCCGGGCAAUGCCGGCUCUUACAAGCAGGUGCGUUCCCUGGCCUCCGUGGCGCUGCGCAAAGCAAUUUCCGAUGAUGCAGGCCUUCACCUGGACUACUACACGAUUGAUUACGAUGAGGAGUUGUCCGCCUUGUACGGGGGCUAUCUGCCUCGCCAGCGAAGCUACCUGAAGCUCUGCAUUCGCACCAUUCUGUCGGUUUACGGCGGGCGGGCGGAACAGCCAUCCAUCGUGCUCAUUGGCCACUCCAUGGGCGGAAAGCUGGCGCAGUCAGUGCUGGUAGAUCCGGCCAUUGGCCAGCACAUCAAUACAAUUAUCAGCAUUUCCACGCCGCUGGAUCAGCCAGUGCUCAAUCUAGAUGCCCAACUGGAGGAGUUCUACGAACAGACAAACACUGUGUUGAGCAAGCUACGCACGGCCACAGUGCCCACGAUAACGACGAAUGUCUGUGAUAGCUUGCAUCAGCGACUACCGAGUGUGCAGCGUAUGGCCAGCCAGGACAGUUCGGCGCGACUUGACAACGUUUUGCUCAUUUCAACAGGCGGCGGCAAUAGGGAUCUGCUUGUGCGACCUGGACUAACUAGCUCCUCGUUCAACGAUUUGCAUGCUAUGACCUCGGCUAUACCCAAAGUUAGUCUGAGCUGCGAUCAUUUGUCCGCCGUGUGGUGCCUGCAAUUCAUGCAAGCCAUCAAUCGCUUUCUCUUCAGCAUUGCCUAUGUGCGCGAGGAUCGAUCAUCCAUCGUUUUCGGCACCAACAAGCAGCGCAAUCUUCAAUCUGCUUUAUCCACAUUUGUAAAACCACGGAGACGACAAUCCAGCACUGUACGCUUAGGAGCAGCCGGAAAUUGGCACGAGGAGCGACGUCUUGUCAUAAACAAGUACUUCACUAAUGGACUAAAAGGCACCUUCUUUGAUUUGAUAGGAUUGCAACGACAGGAGAGAUACAAAAAAAUGGCCAUCGAGGCCUUGAAUGUGGAUGACGAAGACUGGUUGUUCGGUUGCUCCGCCCAAGAGCUCAAUAAGACAGAUAUACUUUAUUGCGAAAAGGCCACCUCGUUGAUGCAUCUUGUCCAGCGGCUGCCCAAUGAAGAUCGCGAUCCCCGUAGCAUUGCAAAUUUGGAUUUGCACAAUCUGCGAAAAACUUACGUGCAGUGGACCCAUGUGCUAGUGCGCCUCCCACCGAGUACGAAGCGAAUCGGCUACAACCUUGAUAUCUACGAUCCACGAGAGCGGGUGACGGACAUCAAAAUGCCACGCUGGUACACCAUGGCCAAGCUGCCUGUUAUAAACGAAACCCUUCAAGGUACGCUGCACCAUCGAUUGCGUAUAUCAGAGAUGGUGGAUCCAUAUCAGAGCAUUCGAGUGAUUGUCGAGCCGCUGCAGUGCAUCAACCCCGAGUACAGAGUGACCGCCAGGAUAUGUGUUCCCUGGGCAGCGGGUUUUGAAAGAUUCCAGACUCUAAAAUCUUUUGAUCAGAAACCACAAUUGUAUGUUAAUGUGCCUACAUUAGUGCCCAGACAUUAUAAUACAACGCUCAAUCCUGUGACCCUUGAUCUCUAUUUGGACCCCACAUGUCGCUAUCGAAUCAGCUAUGAGUACUCCUAUUCCUCUGCUUUAUCUCGAUUAGUUCUCGAGUUCUACGGCUGGUUGCCGGCACACCUGGUCUGCGUUUUGCUGAUUGUGCUGAGAAAACAAGUUGAGACCUUCCAUAACGUGGGAACUUUUCGUAGUCUGCGUCCCUAUGUGGGUUAUCUGCAGUACACCUCGCUCUAUGUGGUCACAGCUUGUCGUAUUCUGAAGAAGCUGAUAAUCACCAGCCGCAUACUCCCAGAGCCAGAGCCCCUAGACUAUAGCAUCAAUGUUUCCAUUGUGAUCCACUGUGCAGCUAUUGCCCUAUCCCUGCUGGCCACUCUGGGCACUUGGUUGGCCCUGACGCUUUAUGGCAACGCGUUCUACCGCUUGGCUCUGCGAAUAACACGCCUGUCCCAGGCAACCUCCAAUGUGAUGAUCUCGAUCAUGACCCACUUGCCCAUUACGUACGGUAUUCUGACAAUUGCCACGGCUAUGGGAACCUGUAGCGGAGUGGGUCUUCUCCUGGCCUCUGUCUUCUAUUUCCUGAUGCUGUCGAAUGCUUAUAAGGAUUAUCUCGAAGACUUUCUCUGGCAGAAGGCGGCUAAUUUGGUGCGAGGAAAGCCUUCUGCAGUGGCAGCUCAAGAACCUUCUAGCGAGGGAGAUGCAGCAGAGGAUCAAAAUGCAGAAAGUGAUGCCCUAAAAACGACGGAGCAAGAAGAGGAGGAGGAGCCAGAGCCUUGUGUGGGCUUGCAGAACUUUUCUUUCCACAUCACUUUGCUACUGAUGUUACUUAUGCAGCUGCUGCUCAAUGCUCCUAGUAGUUUGGCAUGGGUGCGCAGUCGUCGACAUGGCAUUAGCCUGCCAGAUCCAAGUUUGUAUCCCAGCAUCGUGGUCCUGGCAUCACUUAGUUUGCUUCUGCAGUUGCGCGCUCCCCAAAAAUGUCAGGGAUACUGGAUACUGUCCAUCCUGUUUUAUGUACUGGCCGGCGUGGUCUUACUGUACUGUCAGGCGGCCAUUUACAGGUUGACUUUUGUGAUUGCUGGCGCCUUCGCCCUACUGGCUCUUCAUCAAAGUCUCUGGAUCUUAUGGCGUCGGCUGUCCCAAACCUAGUUGAAAUUAUUGUUCUGCAUGUGUUAAUUCGUUAUUUAUUUCUGCGUUAGUUAAUUCAGUCCGAGUUGGGAGUCGUGGUCGCUAAGUUAUGUAAGCUAGCUAGUUGCAAGGCAAAUAAGCCCAGAUCGGGAGCUCUCCUAGCGGGAAGUCCAAACUGGGCCUGAAUGGGCGUUGCUCUCGAUUUGCCUCGAUCGCACAUUACACGUAUUAAUUGUUUUUACGCCUGUUGCCGGCGCUUUUGGUUAGCGAUACCUCGAUAUUUUGGGUGGCAGGCACGUCAAUCUCCAUUUGGGGGAAAUGUGUGAAAAUGCCUAUAAACAGCUGCGCCAGCUGGACACACUCCUCAUCCACCCUCUAGUUUCCUUUUAUCCAAAGACAUUAUUUGUAGUAUUUUAUUUACAAUUGGUUUGUUUUCAAUGUAAGAUAAUAUUUUGUUAUUUAACAAUUGUACAGCGUUUUGUGAGAUUUCUUAGCUUAAUUUUUAAAACCAGAUUAGAAGCAAUGUAAAUUAACUGCUAAGAGUCACAUAUUUGUAAUACAUAAAGUAAAAUGUUAACUUAUUUUUCGUUAGAUUUAGUACCGCUGUUUUAUAUUUUUUGUUUAUAAGUGAUGACAAUACUUAAUUGGUUUUAUAUACUUAUUAAUCUUCCACUAGAAAUGUUUAAAGAUCAAAUUUAAAACUACUAUAAUCCGAAAGAACGUUAUGUAUAAAUGUUGUACAAAAUUUUCAUUUAGUUAAUCCCUAGUUUUACCCUUAAGCCUCACACUACUAAAAACCUUACAAAAUGUUCUCAUUUCGCAAGGUUUUUAAUUGAAGUGAGUUUUAGAGGCUUCAAAAUAAAAUUUUAUACAUUUGUAAACUCCAAA